AUGGUCAUUGCUCAUUGGUGGGUAAAAAGGCAAAGCGUGAAAGAACGACAUCGUUUGGUGUCUUUCAUAUCUUCAUCUCUCUCUCACAUGUCAGUGAAAUUCCAGUUGCUUGGGACGUGGAAGAAAUACAACCGAUGGCGAUGGAAGGAGAAAUAUUUCAAGCCGUUUUCGAGCUUAUUGUCUCAAGCUUCGACACCAUACCAUAACGACGCGUUUUCCACCAACGUUUCCAUGACCCGUCUCUGUGAAAAUGGCCGACUAGACAUUGCCCGGAAGAUGUUCGACGAAAUGCCACACAGAACGGUUGUCUCGUGGAACACGAUGAUUUCCGGGUACUCAAAACGGGGGAGAUAUAACGAGGCUUUGUCUUUAGUUUCUCUGAUGCACUGCAGCAAUGUAAGGCUCAACGACACGACAUUUUCGAACAUCCUUAGCGCCUGUGGGCGCUCAGGGAGGGUGGGAGAAGGAAAGGAAGUUCAUUGCUUGGUUUUGAAGUCGGGAGCGGAGAGUUAUGGCCGUGUGGGGAGUGCUUUGUUGUACUUUUACGCGAAUUGUUUUCGCCUCGAAGAUGCCAAACGGGGUUUUGACGAGCUUAGCGGCGGGAAUGAGAUGUUGUGGAGCGUGAUGCUUGCGGGUUAUGUUCAGUGUAAUAUGUUGAGUGAUGCCAUGAAGUUUUUUGUGAAAAUGCCGAAGAGGGAUGUUGUGGCGUGGACUAGUUUGAUUUCGGGGUAUGCGAAGAGUGAGGAGGGGUGUGAGAGGGCUUUGGAGUUGUUUAGGUGGAUGAGGUAUGAUGGUGAGGUGGUGCCUAAUGAGUUCACUUUCGAUUGUGUUAUUAGGGCAUGUGGGAGAGUGGGGGUGUUAAGUGAAGGAAAGGCUGUUCAUGGGCUUGUGGCUAAAAACGGGUUUGAGUUUGAGCAGUCAGUUUGUUGCGCGUUGAUUGAAUUUUAUCGCAGCUGUGGGGCUAUCCAUUGUGCCAAAAGAGUUUAUGAUGGACUAGAGAAUUCUUAUGUAAAUGCUACUAGUUCACUUAUUGCGGGGCUUGUAUCCAUGGGAAGAAUCCAAGAAGCUAAGAUGAUUUUCGAUAGGCUUAAAGAAAAGGAUUCUGUUUCUUGUAAUUUGAUGAUGAAAGGGUAUGCCAUGAGUGGCCAAGUGGAGGAAUCGAAGAGAUUGUUUGAGAACAUGACGCACAAAACUAUAAUCUCUUCGAAUACCAUGAUUUCCGUCUAUUCCAAGAGUGGAGAAAUUGGAAAGGCUUUAAAUCUUUUUGAAGAAACCAAAGGGAAAAGAGAUCCUGUAACUUGGAACACGAUGAUAUCAGGUUAUGUUCAGAAUUAUCUUCAUGAGGAGGCUUUGAAACUAUAUUUGACAAUGCGCAGAUUAUUUGUAGAGUGUACAAGAUCAACGUUCUCUGUUCUGUUUCAUGCAUGUUCAUGCCUUGGAUCUCUUCAACUAGGACAAUCCCUUCAUUCCCAGUUGAUCAAAACCCUAUUUGAAUCGAAUGUUUACGUUGGGACAUCCCUCAUAGACAUGUACUCAAAAUGUGGAAGCAUAACCGAUGCUCAUAAGUCAUUUAUCUGCAUCUCUUCACUCAAUGUUGCUGCUUGGACAGCUCUUAUUAAUGCUUACGGACAUCAUGGUUUUGGCUCUAUGGCGCUCCUGCACUUUAAACGUAUGCUAAAGCUAGGAAGCUCCCCAAAUGCAGCUACUUUCGUUGUGAUUCUAUGUGCUUGCCGUUAUGCUGGUCUAACCGAUGAAGGGAUGAGAAUUUUCAGAACAAUGAGAAAAGAUUAUGGGGUAAACCCAACUUUAGAACACUACGCUUGUGUGGUGGAUCUACUUGGUCGGUCAGGCCGUCUACAAGAAGCUGCAGAGUUUAUCAAAGAGAUGCCUGUUGAACCUGAUGCGGUUGUCUGGGGAGCACUGCUUAAUGCUUGUUGGUUCUGGAUGGACAUGAAACUCAGUGAGAAGGUGGCAGAGAAGAUGUUUACCUUGGAACCAAAACCAUUGUAUGCUUAUAUAAUUUUGUCUAACAUAUACGGUGUGCUUGGGAAGUGGGGUGAGAAAAUGACACUGUGGAAGAGAAUGGGGAGCUUGAAAGUGAAAAAGGGUCUUGGAUGUAGUUGGAUUGAGCUUAACAACAGGGUUCACGUAUUCUCUGUAGAAGAUAAAACACAUCCUCACUCUUGUGUUAUUCAUAGUACUUUGGAGCAUCUGACAGUAAAUGUAAACUGUAUUGUUCAAUUUGAUAGUAUUUCUUGCCAACAUUGUCUUCUGGUUUGA